AUGAGCCUGGAGAUUCGUGUGAUACUUAAUCUAAAGCUUGGCUUAAUCUGGUCUAAGCUUAAUAAGAUAUAUAGGCGGUGGUCUUUUGCGAUGAUGAAGAUGAUAUGUAUGAGGAUGAGGAAGCUUGGCCAUGGUCAAUCUAUCGUAUUUUAUGUGCCUGAAGAAAUCGAGACAAAAGUCCGAGCAUUAAGAACCUCCAAUGGCGAUAGUGGUGUAGACGAGCUAAUUACUGUCUUGGAUGUUCUCGCUUGGUCUAUCUCGGAGACUUGGAUCGAUAUUCGCCGGUUGUUUCCCAUCUGGGCAACGUAA